UGGUUUGUAAUUAGUUGUCUUCUUCUUCAGGGACAGAAACUCUGGGGUUGAAGACAUAUUGUGGCUCCGGACUGGUUUCUCUUUUUUCUGGGGAUUUAUUUGCGACCCAAAUCUGCCCACCAUCAGCUUCAACUCAACAUUUAGGGUUCAACAGUUGUUUAUGCAUUUCUUCGUGAUCUUUAAACAUGUGAUUUUUAAAAAGCAUUUGUCUCAACUUCACAUCCUUGCGUGUUGGGAGCUGCUGCUACACACAGAAAGAGAACAAAGACAUCAGCUGCCACAGUUGUUCUCAGAAGCUUCACAGAUUCAUGGAGAAGACACUGACCACAGGUCUGGCUCUUUUCCUUGCACUUUGUGUGGCCAUUCCACAAGCUGGGGGGUGCAAGGAAGGAGGCAAUGCAGAAAACAAAAGUUCAUCACGUUCUUCAGAUACAAAAGCAGGCCGCUGCUCUUACACCUUCAUUGUUCCCCAGCAAAAACUGACAGGGGCACUGUGUUUGAACACGCAGUCUGCUGCUACCAACUACUCAGAGGUGGCAGCGCUGCGGGUGGAGCUCAAACGGCAGCAGGAGCAACUGGAGAAGCUCCGGGGCCACCUGGAGCAAGAAGGGGCCCUUGCCAUGGAGGUAAGAACUCUGCGCAAAGAGAGCAUCAGCAUGAAUUCUCGCAUUGCUCAGCUCUAUGCCCAGCUGCUACAUGAAGUCAUAAACAAGAAAGACCAGGCUUUGGAGCAGCAAAGGGUGGAGAACCUCCUGUUAAAUGCGACAACACAGGCACUGCAGGUGUCCAGUAAUUACAGGGAACUGGAGAAGAAAUACGGAGCCCUCACCUCCAUGAUGAGCUCCCAGAACCAGUUUAUUGCUCGUUUGGAGAAGCAGUGCCAGUGCAGGGACUCCACCCAGUCCUCUCUGGUGUUGACUGAAGCACCAAAAAGCCAGUCUAUAUUGCAUCCUAAUUACAGCUCUGAAGUCAACGAAAUGACCAAUGAUGUUCAAAGGGACCAAAGUGCUCCUCCACCACAACAAGCAAACGCAGGGAGGGUUCAUUCCCUCCCCACCACGACCCCCAGCGCUCCUACAGACCCUCCCUUCAUUAGCUUCCCCGUCACGAAGACUCCAGGGCCAUGGAGGGACUGUCAGCAUGUGCAGGAAUCAGGUGAGACCACCAGCGGGAUCUACCUGCUCCACCUACAGAGUGCCAACCGACUCCUGCAGGCCUGGUGUGAGCAGAGUCGGGCUCAGGGAGGGUGGACGGUCAUCCAGAGGAGACAGGAUGGGUCGGUCAAUUUCUUUAGGACUUGGGAGCAGUACAAGCAAGGCUUUGGGAACCUAGAUGGAGAGUACUGGCUCGGCCUGGAACACCUCUACUGGCUGACGAAACAGGCCCAGUAUAAGUUACGGGUGGCCCUGGAGGACUGGCAGGGUCGGCAGGUGUUUGCUGAGUAUGACAGCUUCCACCUGGAACCAGAGAGCGACUGGUACCGACUGCGGUUAGGACAAUACCACGGCAACGCGGGGGACUCCCUCUCGUGGCACAACAACAAGGCCUUCACCACUUUGGAUCGAGACAAGGACAGCUACACAGGCAACUGUGCUCAUUACCAGAAGGGAGGCUGGUGGUAUCAUAUGUGUGCCCAUUCCAAUCUGAAUGGUGUGUGGUAUCGGGGUGGACACUAUCGAAGCCGCUACCAGGAUGGGGUCUACUGGGCGGAGUUCCACGGAGGGUCCUACUCCCUCAAAAGAGUUUCCAUGAUGAUCAAACCCACAUAACAUGUUGUCAU